GCACGGGCUGGGGGAGUUACUAGAGGCCCAGUCCCGGCACCCCUGCUCCGGCGAUCGGUACCCGCCUCGUCAUGGUUCUUCUGCGUCUGCGCUGCCUCCUCUGGGGCUGCUUGUUGAGCACCGUCCACCCAGAACCACACAUUACGUGCGGAGAAAACCAGUACGUGACCAACAAUCACUGCUGUGAUAUGUGUCAGCCAGGAAAGAAACUGGUGAAUGACUGCACAGAGUUCACCACCACAGAAUGCGUUUCUUGCAAAACAGGCGAAUUCCUAGACACUUGGAACAGAGAGAGACACUGUCACCAGCACAAGUACUGCGACCCCAACCUAGGGCUCAAGGUCCAGAAGGAAGGCACCUCAGACACAGACACCACUUGCAGAUGUGAUGAAGGUCUACAUUGUACCACCAAUGCCUGUGAAAGCUGCACCCAGCACACCCCGUGCCCCCCUGGCCUUGGAGUCAAGCAGGUUGCCACAGGGGUCUCUGAUACCGUCUGUGACCCAUGCCCAGCUGGCUUCUUCUCCAAUGUGUCAUCUGCUUUGGAAAAGUGUCACCCUUGGACAAGGUGUGAGACCAAAGGCCUCGUGGAGCUUCAGUCUGGGACCAACAAGACGGAUGUCAUCUGCGGUCUCCAGGAUCGGAUAAGAGCCCUGGUGGCGAUCCCCAUCACAAUGGUGAUUCUGCUCGCUGUCCUGCUGGUGUCGGCCUAUAUCAGAAAGGUGACCAAGGGGCCAGGGAAUAAGGUCAUCCAACCUAAGAAGUGUCAGAUCCCUGUGGAGGACUUGGAGGAUCCUAUUCCCCUCUACUCCAUUGCUCCGGUGCAAGAGACCUUACAUGGGUGCCAGCCGGUCACCCAGGAGGACGGCAAGGAGAGCCGCAUCUCCGUGCAGGAGAGAAUAUGAGGCGGGGUGUACCCGGGAGCGUGGCAGCGUGGGAGAACGGGCACGUGCCGGAGAGCGUGGAGCCGCUGGAGCUGCAGAGUGAGGGUGCGGGGCACCCCGGCCUGCACCCCUGUGGUGCGGAAACGGAACCUUCCACCCCAGCCCUGGAGCCCAUUCAAUCUCCCGACUUGCUUUUAAAGGCGGAGGCAAAAGUUGGCAGGUGGGGGGCACAGAGUCAUAUCCACCACCGGGCCUCCAGUGCCCGGAGAUGUAUCAUGGCGGUUCCGACAAGUCCAGGAAGACAUAUCCACGAAUAUCCAUCGCAGUGUUGUUUGUGACAUGGACAACUGGGGGCCGUUUAACUGGCCAGCAGCAGGGGACUGGCUAAAUAAAAUCAUAAUAUAUUUUAUACAAGGUCUUAAAAA